AUGUCUUCUAACAACUUCUCCACCUCCGCGCCCAAUUCACGGGCGCCAGUCCUGCCACAGACCCUCGUCUCCCUCGCAGAUCCUCCGCUCCUUGGCGGUGAUGAGCCGUUGAUCUUCGAUGAGCUCACCGGUCCCUAUGCCAUGCCCCCCAACGACUGGUAUGAGUGGGAGGAUCCCAUGCCCACGGUCACCUCUGUCCCAGGUCUGCAAGCAUCGCCUGAGCUUUGGGUACCCGUCGAUGCUGUAAGCAUUGCUCCGAGGCAAAGGCACCGCGCGCCGGCACCGACCAGGCAAGAGACAGAGGCAAGGCACCCGGAGCUUGCUAACAAGCCAGAACCAAAAAGGCGCAAGGCUCCCCCCGUUAAAGGGGUCUCCGGUCGGGUCAUCGAGAAGAAAGUGGAACAGGCUUGUAUGCGGUGCCGAGCCGCAAAACAGAAAUGCGACGGCGAGAAACCCCACUGCAGGCGGUGUACAAGGAGGAACCGAAGGUGCUCUUACGUUCCCACCGAGCGGCAGAUCGAAUGGGCUCAGAAGAAGGCGGCGGGAAGUGCCAAUACACCGCCUGAGUCUGUCGAGCAACCUAGGACAGUUGCAAUGACACCGCCGGAGAAUUACGUCCUUACGGCCCCGGGGCGAAGAAUUCUACCGCGUCCUGAAGCGCCAGGAGCGGCGUAUGGGAGGGUUUACAACCGCAUCGGCAGCAGCAGUAUGCAGAAGACCAAGAACUGGCUACAAGAUCCUUAG